AUGUCGGACUACUUGUUCCGUACACCACCCCGCCGAGGUACCAUGGCGAGGACCAGCCUUCCCCACCGCGAGUCUCGUGAGCCGCUACUGGCUCGCGCCGACGGCAAUUCGUCUCCAUCGCGGAGUGGCGCAUCGAGCAGGGAGUUCGAGCACUCGCAUUCGCUCGAGGUCGGCGCCCAGACCCCCGAGGACUUCUUGUUCGUCACGCCCCGGCACUCGCCUUCGCGACUUCCAGGGAAAGGGCCCAGUCCUCCGCACGCUCGCGGUUUCGAUGUGGCGCCCUUCCUGCGGCUCGAGCCUGCGGCGCUGGCACCCUCGCCGCCCAGGAAGCGCAAGCGCAAGUACAAUGUGGGUGCGGGGCCCAGUAUUCGGUACAACGAGAAUCUGAAGAAAGCCACGCGAGACUUCAUCCGGCCGUGGAAGCGGGCAUUCUCCACUUCCACCAUUCGACUGGAGCGGUCGCCACCGCCAUCGCCGAAGGAGCGCAAGUUCCAGACGGUUCCUGCUCGGUCCAGGGGCCUCCGCUCCCUGGAGACCACAUCGCCGACUCGGACGAACAUGGGCCGCAAGAGGCAGCGUCAGCACGCCGAGACGAUGUCGUCCUGGAGUCCGAGUAAGGGUCGUAUAGUCAGUCCGCAGGCCAAGAUUCGCGGGUUGGAGCGUAGUGCGAUCCCCAAGUCGAUACAAGUCCUGGGCCCUCCGUUCCGCCAGCGUACCUGA